UGUGGUUCUUCACCCACUCAGUUGCAAGCCCCUCAUCUUUCUUCUGUAAAUAACUUUAUUGAAAAAGAAAAAAGGAACAACCCAGGAAAGCCAUUAGGGAAGUUUUCUGAGUAAAAACGUCCGGCUGAGCUUGAGGAUCAAGAGCAUCACUGUCUUGUAAACGUCAAACCUUGACAUCAGCGUGCAAACUUCUCAGCUCCUCGUCCUGCUGCCACUAUGCCGAGCGUCGCGGAUCGCAUGGAGUUAAAAAAAGUCUGCACGGAGCCUGACGAUGACAGCACGGACAGUCUGGAUGACCGCUUCACAGAGCCCAUUGACUCUGAGAAGGCCACCAUCAACAGUCACUUUCUGGACGAAAAUGAGGAUGGAGAAAGCCAGAAGUUCCUGUCAAAUGGGAUGAUGAAGAAGAAGAAAUAUGAGGAGUACCAUGAAGAAUAUCAUCCUGGCCACGCCUCCUUUGGUAUGUCUGUCUUCAACCUGAGUAACGCCAUCAUGGGCAGCGGCAUUUUGGGCCUCUCCUUCGCCAUGGCUAACACUGGCAUUGUGCUCUUUACAGUCCUCCUUGUGGGCGUUGCCAUCCUCUCAUUAUAUUCUGUUCAUCUCCUCCUUGUGACGGCAAAAGAAGGAGGAUCCCUCAUCUAUGAAAAACUGGGAGAAAGAGCAUUCGGUUGGCCUGGGAAGAUGGCAGCUUUUGGGUCAAUAAUUAUGCAGAACAUUGGAGCCAUGUCCAGCUACCUCUUUAUUGUGAAGUAUGAGUUACCUGAAGUUAUUCGAGCUUUCUUGGGUUUGGAGGAAAACUCUGGUGAAUGGUACAUGAAUGGAAACUACCUGGUGGUGUUUGUGUCAAUCGGAGUUAUCCUACCUUUGUCUCUCCUUAAAAAUCUGGGUUACCUGGGCUACACCAGUGGUUUUUCUCUGUCCUGCAUGGUGUUCUUCCUGGGUGUGAUGAUCUACAAGAAGACCCAGCUGCCCUGCCCUCUUCCUUUCUUUUUCCACCACUCGACCAACCUCAGCAUGAACGGUUCGGACAUGCAUGCGUUACACAUGUACAACAACACGGGGCAGACGGAUUUCUCUCGGGCUGAUGUUUCCCCGGUCCUGGGCAGCCACGACGCUCAUCACUCUUCAGGUGUCCACUUUGAGCCCCACCCCGAUGAUGAGGAGAUGUGCACGCCAAAAUACUUUGUGUUCAACUCUCAGACUGCUUACACUAUUCCCAUCCUGGCAUUUGCUUUUGUUUGCCAUCCGGAGGUUCUGCCGAUCUACAGUGAGCUCAAAGAUCGCAGCAGGAAAAAGAUGCAAAACGUUUCCAACUUGUCCAUCUUGGCUAUGCUCAUCAUGUACAUGCUGUCAGCGCUGUUUGGCUACCUCACAUUUUAUGAAAAUGUGGAGGCAGAGCUGCUCCACACCUUCACCAAGGUUUAUAAGUUUGACACGAUGUUGCUGCUGGUGCGUUUGGCUGUUCUCACCGCCGUCACCCUGACUGUCCCCAUCGUUCUCUUCCCAAUUCGCUCUUCUAUCACUAAUCUGCUGUUCAGCGGCCGAGAUUUCAGCUGGACUCGUCACCUGUUGAUCGCCGCUGCCAUCCUGGCUUUCAACAACAUGUUGGUGAUCUUCGUCCCCACCAUCAGAGACAUCUUCGGCUUUAUCGGAUCAUCUGCAGCCACAAUGCUCAUCUUCAUCCUACCUGCUGCCUUUUACCUCCGCCUGGUCAAGUCGCUGCCGUUGCGCUCCCCGCAGAAGAUCGGGGCGGCCGUAUUCCUGGUCAUGGGGAUCGUCUUCAUGAUCGGCAGCUUGUCACUCAUCGUCCUCGACUGGAUUCACAACCCCCCAGGCAGUGGCAGUGGUCACUAAGCAGCCCCCCUCCUCAUCAAAUGAAAGAGUGCAGCAAACCCCCAAUACGCCACAUCUCUUCUUCCACUGAUGUGUGCCUCAGCUAGUCCGACAUCUGAGAAAACCGUUUCAUCAGAUCACAAACAUCAAUCACGCAAACCCAUAUAUCAACACAGGUGCUGCAUCCAUCGGAUUAAGACAAUGUUGGCUUUUCUGCCCAGAGCACAUCAGUGGAGGAGGACUUUUUUAGCUUGGUUUGUAUUGUUUUGUUUUUUCUUUGUCGCUGUAAAGUUCAGGAUGUGACUCAACCAGAAAGAGAGAAUCGAAACCUAGAGAGGGGGACAGUACUCUGCUGUAUGUACCACCAAGACAGCCUGAAAUCAUCAACAGCAUCACCCCCUUUGUUACUUUCACUUAUGAAAUGACAGAACAAACACAUGUUGUGUUUGUUGUCACUUGAAGCGCAGAUGUGUGAACUGUGAUGCCUAGGGUCGGAUAGACAAUGCAAGUCCCUCAGUUCUCUGUGCACUUGAAGACAUUUGGAGGUGGAGUGUGUUGUCAUCCAUCAAAAAAAAAGCACUUGGAGCAUUACGUUCCGCUUUGUGUUUAUAGCAAACACACAAAAAAAACAUACACAAACUUGCACAUGAUAACAAAUGGUUCGUAGCUGUUUUUCAAGCAGCACCCCUCGAAACAUUCAAUCAAGCAGUCAGCUUUCCUCUAAUGCUUAGUAAUUUAAUCAGUUGCAUAUAUUUUUUUUUUUCAUUUAAGUUGCUGCUCUGCUACAUGAUAACAAUCAAAGUGUUGCCAAAGUCUGCAUCCGCUCACAGUUUCAGUCAAUGUAAUUGAUUCUAGAUGUCGUCAUUCACAUGGAUCUGCCUGACCAUCUGGACUGUGCACACAAAGAUGCUGUCAGUAUUACUGUCACAGAAGGAUCUGAACAUUCAAGGUAUGAAUGUACAUUAAAUUUUCUAGUGUUGUGCAUAAUAUCGAACAUGGCCUUUAAUGGCUCUGUGUUAUUUGGAGUUACAGUGUAUGCACCAGCAGGAGCAAUUUAUCACAGACUUCAUUUUGUCCCAGAGAGAUAGUGAUUUAUUUUUUAUAAAUAAUUGGCAAAAGCAAAAAAUAAAUAAGUUUCCAUAAAAUUAAACCAGACAACUAUCAACAUUUUCUUUUAAAUAGGAGUUAUUAAUUUAGAGUAGACUGUCUGUCCUGAUAAUGUAUAUUUGAGAUAUCAACACUCACUUUGUGCCAUUCAUCCUCUUGAAUUAACCAUUAAAAACUAAUGUUUACAGACAUAAGAUUAUGUAACUUCAGCUCAGAUAUUCAACAUCAGUGAGGACUGUGAAACAGAAGAUUUGAGGUUUGUCAUCUCAGAUGUACGUCUUAAUGGGAAAUACGCAGCAAACGGUUGGUUAGCUUAGUUCAUGUGAAAUUUAAAGCAUCAAAAGUAUUAAUUACAGUAUGUAAGUGCCUGUCAAAACAUGUCUUUUUAAAAUUGACAUUUUUAUAUGCAAACAGACAAAAUAAUCAGAGGCUAAGCUAAUCCUCCGCUGAUGCUAUUAUAUCAUAUAGACCAGGACGUUCUAGCAGUCUACUUAGACAAAGCCAAAUAACGUGUUUCUCAAAAUACAGUUACUCUCAUAAAGGAUGGGAACAAGUAGAAGAUUCAUACUAAAAAUAUCACACAGGUUCAAACAGAGGCCUUGAUUCACAUGAACAGGAUGUGACCCAUUUCCUUAAGAGUGACGGUAGAAGUCAGCCACAGGGUGUAAUUACUCUCGAAAUAUUAGGAACUCAUACUGAAUUUCAAUGAAGAUAUGAGGGAAAUAUGUUGAUUAUGUAACAACUCCUAUAAAUGAAAAGUAAGUUGGGUUUCAUGCUUGAAAACAAACACAUGAAGGGAUAUAUUUGUGAUGUUUUGUCAGAUGGAUCCUUAGCUUAUUAUUAUUAUGUUAGCUAAUUUGAUUAUAGUAUCUAAAUAAAAAAAAACACAACUGAAAUAACAAAACUUUCUAUGCUUUUUAUCCACAUGAUGAAUAACACAUAAUAUCAGCCCUCCUUCUUCUCUGAGAUUAUUUCUUUUAUAUUGUGCCUUUUUUCCCUUUUGAAUUGGCUUGAUACUGAUGUCUUCGCUAACAUCACUGACAGCAUCAGACCCAGAUUAGUGUCAUUUCACCUCCUCUCUAAUGCCGCUACAUGCCAUGAACACAUCCAGCCAAAGUGGACAACAUUUAUAGAUCCUUUGUGGAUCUAUGUACAUGAAACAAAUAGAUAUUUCAAAUGAAAUAGUGUAUUAUGUGCAUGUUUUUGGAUUCAAACUUGGUCUUUUUGGACAAUUGUACAUGCUCUGUAAAUAAUCUUUAUUUUAUGGUACACUGACAGUCAUUGUCUGUUAGUGGGUUGUUGGGGGAUUCUGCCUUACAAGUCUUCGGCAAUCCAUUGUUUGUUUUAGUAUAUAUAUAAAUAUAUAUAUAUAUAACGUGUAUUAGAUUUUUUUUUUUUUCUUGCUGUAUGACAGUAGUGUUUUUCUUUUAUUUUAAGCUUGUAUAUUUGUAGAAAAUCUUUUCUCUAUAUAUCCAUUUUCAUGUUUUGCAGUUGUCCUUGUGCAGCCUAUUUUAAAACAUGCUUUUCUCUGAAUCAGAUGUUCCGUAGCUUCUCGGCUCCUGUUGACCAAAACUAAUUUGGAAUCAAAGCCGCAAGUGAGCAGUCUUGAUUUCUUGCAAUUAUGUUGUUAAUACUUAAAGAAACACAAUAGAAUCAACUGUAUUUCCUAACCACACUACAAGGAAGGUUCUCAUAGAGUGAAAAUGGCAUAACAUAUGCUAUUGUAUGACGUAUAUAUGCCAUGAUAGCAACCAGGAACUUUUCAUAUUUAUCAGCUCUGAAGCUCUACCAGCACCAUCUUACAGUACAUGCCUUACCGAGACUUAAAUGUAUAUUCACUGCUGUCACUGAAACACCUUUUAAAGCUAAUUUUUCUUGAGGUUUUAUUUCCAUGACAUUACUUGAACUGAAGCUGAAGCAGCUUCAUGACAGAAGGGUCUGCACGGCUCAUUCAAUUCUCACUAUGAAUGUUUCUCUCAGAUUGGCUCUCUCACAUUGGCUGAAUUCAUUGAUGAAUGUUUGGCUCCAGCCUCAUGCUAUCUGUGUCCUGCUCAUUGGCAGUCCAUGUAAGAGACUGUCUCCUCCUAAAAGUGGAUCUCAUCAUAUUAAAUGGAUAAUCUGCCACAGAGCAGAACACUCUAACCCCUUUUAGCAUCUCAGGUAUUCAGUCUGGAAGACGUCUCACUUUUAGAUCCUUCACAUCUCCUCAUCUCUGUUGCAUGAUUGAGCCAAGCUGUACAGUGCUGUCAUAUCUAUGUGCUGGCUGAGAUGAGCGGUCUGGUGGUCUAGCAAGAGUGUUCCCCAGCUAAUGUUGACAGUGUUUAGAAAGUAGUUGUACAGAACCACCUGCCUUAUUUUUCUAUGGACCCUCAGCCGUGGAGAAGCACUGGCUCAUUGUUUCUGCUGUUCACAGCGUCUCUGUUUCCUGUGGAUCAGGCUGAACAUUCAGAUUUGUAAUUUUACCCAAACAAAGGGGAUGUUUUUUGUAUCAGUGAAGCUGUUUCGUUUUGAUGAACAAUAAAAAUGUGAAA